AUGGUUACUGAUCUUGCGACUGGUUUUCAACGAUCAUCUCCAGUAAAGGUCUUACCGCAGCACAAGGAGGAUGUAACUAUAAAUGAGAUUACUCAUCGAAUAGCAAAACGAUCCCACCAGCCUGUCGGCAGUUCUGGUCUGGAGCCUCAUGAAUGGCGCCAACCGAAAAGAGCGAAGCAGUCUCCAGGGCUUGAUGCCCCAAGAACUCUGCCUUCUAUCUCUUCUACAUGCUCUUCUGAUGAUGUCUAUUCUAGUGCUUUCACUGAGGAUUGUCUGGUUCUAGCAGAGAUGCUAUAUAAAACACCUCGGCCUGUAUCGCCAUCUGAUACUUCAGUGCAAUCCCAGCUGUCUGAACCACAAGAUUUUUCGCCAGUUCCCAUUGCCAAACGAAUGCUCUCUAGAACCAGCUCUCGGAAUCUCAAAGAAAAUCAGGUUUGCCAUCUUGCUUCUCCAUUCAGCAGUCGGCCCGGUUCUCGCCAUGCUUCCCCUAUGUAUGCACCAGUCAGGAAGAGAGGAGGACUGCAGCACUCCCGGUCCCAUGUCAAGUCGCGUACCCUAUCUACUGGCCUAAAUGCCGCUCAACUCAUCUCGAAAGAAAAGUCAUACUCUGGAGCUGAUACCAGGGCUCGCGUACCCUCGUCGCCUCAUAGCCGAAGCCAAGGAAACAAUAUUAAUCCCUUGAGUAUAGUCAAAACGUCUGGGACUGUGCACACUCGUACCAGCUCCAUCCCUACGAAGUUCUCUGUUCAUGGCUAUGAGUCUGAUCCUUGGCUGGUCCAUCCAAAACAACUCACCCAGUCGGCAUGGCUAGAUACGGAACAUUCAUCUUUCUACCUGGAUACUCCGAACGGUAUCUCAACCCCUCUACGAAGGUGCCGUGCGACUACUGGCGAUCUGUGGAUGCAAACGAAUAAUUCUGAGGACGAGUCUCCCGGCGCAGGAAUCACAGAAGGAGAUGCAGAGAGAUUGGACCUAUCUCUUCUGAACCCUCCGGCAGUGAAUGCUUUUGUUGGUCACUCACCACCACGUCGAAGACGACGCACUAUGAAUUAUAAUGCCGAUGACGGGCUGUUGUUCUCUUCAAUACUUGACUUUUCUUCCAUUUCCAAGGGCAAAGCUUCUUCAUUGCCAUGUGGUAUCUCAGGCGUCGCCUCAACUAACGCAAUGAAUGGACCAGCCCAUCCGGAUAACGUACCUGGUUUGUCUGAUUCCUUUGCUGAACUCAAUUUGAGUCUUGCGUCGGCAUUCUCUCCUACGGCUUCUUCCUAUGGUCAUGACAAUUAUUCGAAUCGUCCAACACCAGCUCUUGCUACCACAAAAGCGUCCGGCCAUCCCGUUGGGUACGCGGAAGAGACGUCAUUACCUAAACACGUUAGCCCAUCUACACGACAGAAAACUACGGAUUCUAAUGGAGAUAAGUUGGGGAACCUAUUUUCUAUCCUUGGAAUCGCUGCCUGCCGGAACGGAACAUCACCUGCCUCAAAUUCUACGCCUUCUUCAGGUCUUGCAAACCUUGCGUAUACGGCAUUUCAGCCUAGGGAGCCGAUGCAUAGACGCAAGCGUGGGGAUACAAUCCGCGCGUCCGACUAUGCUCGUCCGACACCUCCCAUCGACGCGACAGUGGAGUCUGCUUAUGUGCUAAACGAUGCAGCAGAAUCAGCCCAAUCUAAUACGAGUGGAAACAUAAUCAAGGCAAUCCGACCAGGAAGAGUCCGAUCCGGAACUAUCACUCUCGCUAGUUUUGCUGCGUCCUCGCGGCGUGGGGAACAUGACCAGACACACACAGAGAAAUCACCUAGGCGGACGCACAGGCGCAGUCAUGCCGUCUGGCCGGCGGCGAAGAUGAGAUCUGACAUCAAGCCGCUCUGCGUUCCCUCUGAUGACGAGGACGACGAGUUAUUGCUGAAAGCAGGUGAUACAUAUGACUCUUGA